GUACCUUUUUACUUAAUUCAUCAUCUCUGGGUGGUCGGCAUUUUUUCUUUCGUGCUGCAAUUAAAGUGAAAAAAUAUUGAAUAAAUUCUACAAAAAGAAAAAUUUUGCAAAUUAUUGAAAUAUUUUGUAAAAAUGUCGUAUGGUAAUCAAUCGAAUGCACCUUGGCAACGAAAUGUAAUGCAAGGUCAUCCACAAUCUGGUGGAUUUCAUCAGGGCACGCAAAUGUUUAUGCAAAAUGCACAACAAAGUAACAUGGCGGCGUUUGGUCAUGGCGGUAUGCAAGCUGCUGGAAGUGGCAAUAUGUUUCCUGGAGGUGGUGCAGGUGGCGGAGGUAAUACCGUUUCAUAUCCCCAGCCUAGAAGUGGUUUAAAUCCAACGGAACAUGAUCGCAAACGUAGACGUGAAGAUAAUGAACGCAGUCGUGAUCGCGGCACAGCAGCGAAUAAUCGUGGUGCUGCUGCAGCCGUUGAAAGUCGUGGUAAUCAUGGUGCACGUAAUGAAAAGGAACGAGAUCGUGGCGAGUCUAGAAAGAAAGAACGUGAUGUAGCUGAUCGUGAGCGAGAAGAGCGAGAACGUGAAAGAGAAAGAGAACGUGCACGCGACCUUGAAUUGCAUCGUACUGGUGCCAAGGGUCGCCGUGCAGCAGCCAUUAAACGAUAUAAAGUUCAGAUACCGAAAUUCUUAUUAACUAUUAAUACAGCUGAUGUCCAAGAUUUGCGUCAACGUUAUACAAAUCUUUACAUUCCCUCAGACUAUUUUCAUGCUAAUGUCAAAUGGUCGGAGACCUUUACACCUGAUAAUCCCUUCUCCUUAAGACGUCCAUGCCAAUUUCAUAUUAUGCAUGAAAUUGUUGAACCACCAACUCAGCCUGAUCCCGAUUUAUUAGAACCAGCUGAUGCCAAUUAUUUGUAUUCGGCUAAAGUAAUGCUCAUGUCAUUACCACCCAUUGCUGAAAUCUACAAAAAAUGCUUUGAGUAUGAUGAUAAUGAUGCUGAUCAUCACACCGUUCAUCCAUCGCGUUUAAUAAACUUUUUAGUGGGUGUUAAAAGUCGCGCCGGCCCAAUGGCUAUUGGUGGUCCUUGGUCACCUUCAUUAGAUGGUGAAAAUCCUGAUACAGAUCCCUCUGUACUAAUACGCACAGCCAUACGUACUUGCAAAGCUCUAACUGGUAUUGAUUUGUCCAAUUGUACCCAAUGGUAUCGUUUUGUGGAACUCUACUAUCAUCGCACUGAGUACAAAAAUAUGGAAAAAGAUGGACCACCUCGCGUAGAAACUGUUGUUAUCUAUUUGCCCGAUGUGCAUUCAUGCAUGCCCAGCAUUGAAGAGUGGCAAACAUUGACCCAAGUUUACAAAACUGCCGCCGAUGAUGUUAUUGCUCGACGGGCAGCUUUAGUUGCUGCAGCUGCUGCUGCAAACGUCACUGAAGACAACGACAAAACGAAUGAUGUCGAAAUGGCAGACAACUCAGCGUUGGCCGACGACAGCGCAAUGGAAGGCGGCGAUGAUGAAAAUCCUCAUAAGGAUGAAGAAAGUACGGUACAAAACAACGACGAAGAAGACGUAGAGGAAGAACACGCAAACGAAGAUGAUAGCGAGGAAAAAAUGGAUGAUUCGACAGCUUCGGCAGAUGUUAGUGGCGCUGCAGCUGCUGAUGAAGAUGUCGUUAUUGAAGACGCUGAGGCUGGAGAAAAUGUCGAAGAAACUGCUGCUGCUGCUGCUGAAGCUGCAGAAGAAAAUGUAACUGACCAAGAUGAACCAGCACCGGAACCCACCCACUAUUCGCUAUUGGAUUUGAAGUCCAUGAAGGUACAAGAAAUACGUGAUGAACUUUUAGCUCGUAAUUUGCCCGACAAAGGAGUUCGUAAUGUUGUUAUGGCCCGCUUGGCCAAAGCUUUAAAUACCGAAAAAGCUGAAGAACAUAAAAAUAAACGCAAAAACAAGCCAGAGCAGUCAUCACCACAAAAAACGAUUGCUGCCAAAAAGUCGAAUGAUUCUAACACUAAAGUUAAGAAAGACGAAGAAAAAAUGGAAGUUGAUAGUGAAAAUACUUCCAAGGCUGGCGAUAAAAAGCAAACAGAGGCAAAUAAAAAGAAACCCGAAAAGAAGGUUUCAGAAGUUAAAGUUAGUGAUGAAAAAGCUAAAGGAAAAGCAACCACCGAUAAAAAUAAUUCCGCUAAAGCUAAAAAUGGCAAAGAAGAACCAGAAGAUUGGGCUGACAUUAUUGAUUUUGAAUUAAGUGACAUUGUUAUACUCGAUGAAUAUGAUUCGAGUAAAAAUCCUGAGGAAAAUAAUAUAAAGGAAAUGAGUGAAAAGGAAAAAGCUCAACUUAUACGCCGCUAUACAUUGCCUUCCGCACCUCAUGUGGUGGUGCAUCCCAAUAGACAGGCUAAGGGUGGCAAAUUUGAUUGUGCCGUCAUGUCUCUGUCCGUUUUAUUAGAUUAUCAUCCCGAUGAUACUAAAGAACGUUUCUUUGAGGUCUCCUUAUUUGCUGAACUCUUUAAUGACAUGUUAAUGCGUGACUUUGCUUUUAACAUUUAUAAAGAAAUAUAUCUUUAUGAAGAAACUCCAGCAACAACUAACAGCUGUGAAAUCACCGAAAUCAAAGGAGAAGGUGAUGUUAAAAAGGAAAAAUCUGAAACAGGGGAAGAAGUUAAAAAAGAAUCCACUAGCGAUAAGGAAGUCAAAAAAGAAAGUAAAGAAAAGGAAGAAGAAAAGGAAAAACCGUCAAAGAAAGAUAGCAAAUCAAAUAGCGAAGACAAAUCCAGCAAAGAUCAUCAUAAUGAUGAUUCUCAAUCAAUAAAAUCUGAAUCUAGAAAACGUAAAAUAAGCACUUCCACCUCCACAGCCAAUGGCAAGGAGCGUGAAUUAUCGGUUAGCGAUAAGAAAAUGGUGGUGGUUAAACCUCUGCUAUUGCUUUCGUUUGUUUAUUUUGAUACCACCCAUUGUGGUUAUAUCUUUGAAAAGGAUUUAGAAGAGUUAUUCACAGUCAUGGGUUUGAAUCUGUCACGUUCACAAAUCAAAAAAGUACUAGGAAAAUUAGCCACACGUCAGGCUAUUUACUAUCGCAAAUUAACUGACAAAGAAGAAACCCAAGAAGCACCACCCGCCAUUGAAGAUGUCGAUGAUUUACCCAUGGAAGAACUACAACUUAUUGCUGCCGGCAAUAAUCAAUAUGAAAAUAUCUUCGGGCGAAAGGAUCAUUGUAAACAGACGACUGCUAUUGAUGGUGAUGAUGAUAACAAAGAUGGUUUAAUUAACUUCAAUGGUACGGUUGUGCAUGUGGGCAAAUUGUUAACUCAAAUCAAUCGUACGGAAAAGAACUAUUCAGAUUUGGAAAAACUCUACAAUGAUUUGCUAAAACAACAUACAGACUUGCAAAAGGAACACAACAAGUCCACCACUAAGAUCAAGGAUUUGCAAUCAGAAGUCAAAAGUGUUUCACGUAAAUUAACCGAUGCCAAUCAAGAUUUCUAUUCCUUAAAUCGCAAAUAUCGAGAUCAAAAUUCAACUUUAUCAUAUAUCUACACAAGGGUAGCACCCUAUUUUGCACGUGAAAAGGAUAAGGACAAGGAUGCUAAAACCGAAGGAACUCGUGACAAAGAUAAGGAUGAAAAGGAUAAAUCUAAAGAUGCUGAAAAAACAAAGGACACUCCAAAAGAUGACAAAGAAAAGGAAAAGGAUGAUAAAGAAAAGGAGAAACCCAAAGAUGACAAGGAAAAAGAUGACAAAGAAAAAGAGAAGGUGAAAGAUGACAAAGAAAAAGAGUCCAAAACAGAUGACAACGAAACGGAGAAAGAAUCUAAAAAAGAUGACAAAGAAAAGGAAAAGGAAACAAAAAAAGAUGACAAAGAAAAAGAGAAACCCAAGGAAAAGGAAACAAAAAAAGAUGACAAAGAAAAAGAGAAACCCAAGGAAAAUAAAGAAAAAGAAAAACCAAAAGACGAUAAAGUCGAAAAGCCAGCAAUAAAAACCGAUAAAGUUAAAUCAACUCCACAAAAGAACAUCACUGAUAAAACGGCAAAAGUCACAACACCAGCUGUAAAAAAACAAACUGAUUCAAAGCCAGUUGGCAAAGUAACAAAAAAAUCUGACACCGUUAGUGCUAAGAAGUAGAAGUUUAUAUAAUUGUAAUUUUUAACAUAAAAUUCAUUCAGCAAAAGAAAUACAUUUGUUUAUGUAAAGGAAAAAAAGUUUAUCAUAUUAAUUUCAUAUAACUUAAUAAAGAUACACACACAAACGUACAUAAAUCUAAAUAAAAGAAAAAUGCAAUCCUAA